AUCAUUUAUUCUUUAUUCAGUUUGAGGCGCGGCAGGUUGUCAGAGAUCAGCUGUGCUUCUCUGGCCUCAGCUCUGAAGUCCAACCCCUCCCAUCUGACAGAGCUGGAGCUGAGCUUCAACUACCUGCAGGAUUCAGCAGUGAAGCCUCUGUCUGAUCUUGUGGAGAGUCCACACUGCAGUCUGCAGACUCUGAGGAUAUUCCCACAAACAAUAGUGAUGAAGAAACACUCUGCAGCAGAUGUUACAGCAGGAGUCACACGAGCAACCAGCUUACCUGACAAACUUUCCAAAAAUCAAGAAGAUCAAACUUCCAUCUCAAAUAAACAGGCAACAGCAGAUGAGGAGUUAUCUUCCUCCCUCUGCAGUUAUUCUGGCCCAUGGGAUGAAUCAUCUGACAGCCCUGUUAGAGGAUUUCUCUGUGCUGAUGAUGGUGGGUCCAGCUUUAAUAAAUCAAGUUGCUCUCAGUCCAUAGUCCCAAGUGUUACUGGCCCUCCACGUCCACAAGGCAUGCCUGCGGUCCUCCAGGACUCAGCUGUAAACUACUCAGUAACAAACACCCAGCCAACUCUUUCUCACCUCCAAACCAUCUCCUCAGAUCUUGGUUCAAGUAGAAGAGACUUGAGCUGUUUGCCUCGUUCUCACAGCGUUCCCUCACUGAGUCCAUCAAACUCUACAAAGAGUGAGACCUUCACACGAGCAAACAGCUUACCUGACAUGCUGCUAAAAAACAGCUUUGAGGAGUUCACACCUGAUAUCGAUGAAGACGAUGAAAGCUACAGGUUCCAGUGCUCCUGCCCAGGCCUGUACCAGUGCAGUGUUACAGGCCUGGUGUUCCACAUGGAGGGAGAAGGGGACGUGGAUUACAGGACUGUCCCUUGGAACAGGAGACGACUGGCCCAGCAUCACAAGAAGCCUGCAGGACCCCUGUUUGACAUCAAAUGUGUGCAGCAGUCUAUGCGUCAGCUUCACCUCCCACACUGUGAGAUCCGCUCCACAGGUGGAUGUGACUUCCUGUCAGUUGCUCAUGUGAAUGAUGAGGCCAUCGAGUUUAUCACCCCUCAUAAGAUAACAGAGACUCAUGUGGUUAUAAACAUCACAGGGUUUUCUGGUUUCGGUAAUGUCAAGGAUGAAGACUCACCACCUGUCCCGGUCCGAGCGCUGGUUCUGCUCUUCUACAGGCCCCCGGUUGAUCCUGAUCCUGACUCACUCCUCAAUGUGUUGUUGCUACCAGACCAGAUCAAAGUCAGGAAUGUGAAGCGCAUCAGGAAGAAGGAUGUUGGAGAAGAGACCUACAUAGAGGCAUCCCCACAGUGUAAACUGCACCCAGAGCAGAAAUACACACUGUCCACUUGUCCUGAAGAUGACUCAGUUCUAGUUCAACCAAAAGAAGCCGAAUUUGACUGUGACAACUACGACAACUUCUUCUCAUUAUUCCAGGUGUAUUUAGAAAAACCCAUGAAACACAUUAAGCUGCUUCUGAGAGACACCAACAAAGUCACUGUCUGGGAAAGACGAGUUUGUCUUCGGUCCACUGGAGGAAAAAGGUCCUGUGUGCAGGGCAGUUCAGAUGACAGCCUGUUGGACAUACGGAGCAGCUUCAUCGACAGGAUAUCAGGACCUGUUCUCCAAAGUCUGGUGGACAAAAUGUUUGAGAAAAAGGUGAUGACUGAUUCUGAGAGGGAGUCAGCGGAUGAGAUCCAGAACAAAAGAGACAAAGCUCGUUUUGUUUUCGACACAGUGAGGAAUAAAGGUGAAGCUGCCAGCUCAGAGAUGAUUGACUUUCUCUGCGAGGUCGACCCCUUCCUGUCUGAACAUCUCGGGUUGAUGUGAAUCUCAAUGAACAGGUGAUGGAUGUAUUUAGAAAAUGUAUUUGUAAAUAUUUGAAUUGUAUCUCACCAAACGUUAGAUGUACUGAUGUAAAUAGAUAUAAAUCAUAAGAGCUUAAUAGUGCAGAUGGUUAGUUAAACUGUGUUUCCUGUUGACGUGUGAACUGUCGUUCAUGUUCUUCGGGGAAUCACCCUGAUCUCAAGAUUGAACAUGAUCUCAAGAAAAUAGUUGAGCAAUGACAAUCAGUGUCCUUUUUGCAGACAGUGGACAGGAUGAUAAAAUAACAGCAGAAAGAAUAACUGUGCAUGUAUCAGAGCAGAUGGGAUUGGAUGUCAUUACUCUGUAUAAAGAUAAAGACUAGACCAUGAACUCAGUUUAAAAUGUUGAACAGGUUGAUUCUAAAGUUUUAGAGAGAGAAAGUCUUGACUUCUUCAUCAGCAGCAUUUAACCAGAGAUUCAUUUAAUUUCACAUCAUGUGUUUGAAAUCAGUGCAUGGAUUUUGUCCUAUAAGCCUUCUUAUUCUCUUUACAUGUACAAGAGCGCCCCCUGUCUCACCUUGUUAAUCUUGUAAACUGCAGUGAUAUGAACAUUUACCAAUAAAACCCAGAUGUGUUGUAAACCUG